AUGCACCUCCCCACCCUCCCCACCCUCCUCACAACCCUCACGACCCUCACCCUCACCCUCCUCACCCCCCACCCAACCCUCGCCCAAACCACCCCCGAAACACCAACACCAACACCAACACCAACACCACCGCAUCCCCCUCCCAAAGCCAGCAUCAAAGACGUCUACAGCGUGCAGUACUGCGAUUUCCGCUGGAACGUGUCGUACGGCGACUGGGACCAUUUCGCCUCGGACGACGAGAACUCGGUGAUCAGGGCCAGCGUCGGCAAGAUCGGCGUGUUUGCGAGUGUGGAGGAUUGCUUGGAUGGGUUUCGGGAUCUCGUGGAGGGGUGUUGGGGGGUGGGCGUGGGGGGGCUUGGAUGGUGA